AGUUCACUACGAACCACUAAGGAAGUCAAACCUCGAGUCCUCGUCCUCCUUCAUUCCCACUCAACCAGCUCAACCAAGCCCAGAGAUGCGUGCAUUCAUUGUCCUGUGCCUUUCCGCCGUGGCGCUGGCCGCCCCCCAGGGCUACAACUACAACCCCGGUCCGUCCGGCUUCGGCGGCAUCAGCGCCACCAGUGGCGGUGCCUCCUUCUUCCAGGGAGCCGGUGCCGGAGCCGGCCAGGUGGGCCAUGUCCAGGUGCAGCAGCAGCCGCAGGCCAUCUACCAGCAGCCCGCCGUGCAGACCCAUCACCACCAGCACCAAGGGCAGCAGGUGCAGCAGCAGCAGCAGCAGCAGCAGGCCAUCGUGUCCAAGCGCUUCUUCAUUCACUCCGCCCCCGAGGAGGCCGAGGACUACAAGGAGCGCCACAUCACCGUUGGCGUUCCAAAGCGCAACUACAACGUGGUGUUCAUCAAGUCGCCCCAGCGUAACAACAAGAAGACCAUCAAGAUCAGCCCCGCUGCCAACGAGGAGAAGACCGUCAUCUACGUGCUGAGCAAGAAGGGCGAUAGCGACGUGCAGGCCGAGGUCGUGGAGCAGGCCAGUUCCACCAGCAAGCCGGAGGUCUUCUUCAUCAAGUACAAGACCGCCGAGGAGGCCGCCCACGCCCAGCAGCAGAUCCAGGCCCAGUACGACGCCCUGGGCGGCAGCAGCCAGCUGACCGACGAGGGCGUGGCCCCCGUCACCUCCGUGAUUGGAGCUUUGGGCGGCGGUGAUGGACACCUGGACGCCGGCUCCGCCGUCGGUGCCACUGGAGCCGGCCAGAUCGUCUCCUCCGGCGUCUCCGGAUCGCACACGGGCAAUGCCUACCUGCCACCCAAUUUCUAACCAUUGAGCAUGGUUCCCCGAAAUGUACCUCACAGUCCUCUGUGAAAUUGUUGUUGUUAAUAAACUUUAAUUGCUGUUGAAUUUA